UUUUCUCCCUUUUUCUGUUACAUUUUUCUCCAAAAAUAAAGUGGUCAAAUUAUCCCUGAUUGCUUUUCCCUCCACCUAAAUCCGUACAUUGGAGCUGUAUUCAAAAUUUUGAGUCAGUAUAUUAUUUUAUUUGUAACUUUUUGGUGCAAAUUAUAGAAAAAUACUUUUGCCAUAGAAAACUUUUAUACAUAUAUUACUGCAUCUGCUACACAUACUUCUAUAUCUGGCUUUUCCUGUAUGUACUGGUAUUGCUAUAUAUACUUGCAAAUAUUUGUAGGAAUAUGUGUUUCUGAUUGAUUGUGUGUAUAUGUGAGAGAGAAAGAAAUCGAGAUGGGGAGAGGAAAGAUAAUGAUAAGAAGGAUCGACAAUUCAACGAGCAGGCAAGUGACUUUUUCGAAGAGGAGGAACGGAUUGUUGAAGAAGGCGAAGGAGCUCGCGAUCCUCUGCGACGCAGAGGUCGGUGUCAUCAUCUUCUCCAGUACUAGCAAACUCUAUGAAUACUCAAGCACCAGCAUGAAAUCGGUGAUUGAAAGAUACAACAAAGCAAAGGAGGAGACUCAUAAAUUGGGAGAUCCAAUUUCCGAGGUCAAGUUUUGGCAAAGGGAAGCUGCAUUGCUGAGGCAACAACUAGAGAACCUGCAAGAGAAUCAUCGACAAAUGAUGGGUGAAGAGCUAUCUGGACUGAAUGUCAAAGAUUUACAAAACUUGGAGAAGCAACUCGAAAUGAGUCUUCGUGGCGUCCGUAUGAGAAAGGACCAAAUUCUGAUUGAUGAGGUGCAAGAACUAACCCAAAAGGGAAAUCUCAGCCAUCAAGAAAACAUGGAACUUUAUAAGAAGCUAGACCUAGUUCGUCAAGAAAAUACGGAAUUGUAUAAGAAGGUUUAUGGAACUAGAGAUGCAAAUGCAGUGAGCAGAAAUGCCAUGAGUUCAAACAGUUUACGCGUCAAUGAGGACCCUCAUGCACCUCUUCAUCUCCAGCUAAGCCAGCCUCAGCAACAACACUAUGAAACACCAGGAACUACAAAAUUGGGGCUAUCACUGCAUUAGUGGAGUUGAUGCAGACUGUGCCAUUAAGCGCUCUUCUCGAUCAAGUACUCCAUGCUCACGAAUAUAUGUUAAAAUUAUUAAAGACUGGUAUAGAACCCGUAGAUGUCAGGGGAAAAUUGGUCAAUUGACCUGGUAAAUGCUAGCAAGUUGGUAUGUAAUAGGUAUCCACAAAACAGCCACCCAAAUCAUGUUUAACUAUGAAUAAAGAAAAUGUUAGCACAGUUAAUGUUCUUUAACUGUCUUGAUAUAAUUUGAAUGCACCAAACAAACUAUCGCUAUCUGGACC